AUGGAAGAGAUAGCGAGGGCCGGGGACUUGGCCUCCGCACUGGUCCGCCUGUUUGAUGUGGCCUCCACCUCGCCCACACAGAUGUCCGACGAUGCGGUGGCCCAGAUCCUGCGGCACACAAUGGAGCCCGCACCAUCCAAUCUGUGGGCGGUGCUGUGCUCGCUGCCCACGCGACCACUCGACCCACCCGCCCCCCAAUCGCUUGGCAACAUCUGGCAGCAUUUUCUACGCUUGCGGGCCGCGCUGGCCUCCUUGCGGAGCGUGGAGGCAGCAGGCCUGCGCACCCAGCUCAGCCCCUCGCUGCUGGCCUCCGACCCCGCCACCGUGCUGAGUGAGAUCUUGAUGUUUGCGCUGAACCGCCUGUUUGCGCCGGUGGGCACCGGCGGUGAGGACGACACCGACGUCGACGUCAGCUGCGUGUUUGCCUUCGACGCCUACCACUACCCCAACGCCUAUCUCGAUUCGCAUUUCGUGGAGAGGGACGGGGCGGAGGUGCCGCUGCGGCAGUUCAAGGGCGACCCGGUGUCCUUCGACGUUUCCGCCUUUGUCCGUGAUCUGCAGCGCAUCAAGCACCAAGACGGUGAUGGCGGCGGCAGCGGCGGCGGCGACAAUGCGGGACGCAAGGAGAUCCGUCUGCCGGUCUACGAUCGACGACUACACGACCCCGUGCCCGACGCGCUCACCAUCAAGUCCCAGCACUCGUUCGUGCUCGUCGAGGGCCUGCUGCUGCUGCACGAUGAGCUCGGAUUCGAGGCGAUCAGAGACCACCUCGACGUGUGCCUCUUUCUCGACGUCGACGAGCCCGAGUGCCAUCGCCGAGUGGUAGCGCGCAAGGUCGUCGGCGGGCGGGACCCGGAUGACGCCGAGCGACACUACGCGCGGGUCGACCUGCCCAACGUGGUGCGCAUCAACCAGAGGAGCGAGAGGGCAGACCUCCUGCUCCAGCUGGGACCCGACGGCGAGAUACGCAGCGCGAGGCCCGGCCGACUCGCCCCGUAG